UCUCUCUCUCCAAAAUAACCACCAACUUCUGUUCACAAGCUAAAAACACACACACACAACCCAACACACGUUUCGAUCAAUUUCCCUCUCUCUCUCCCAAAAUGCAACAAGAACAACUCCACACCCUCCCCAGAACCACCAGCUCCAGCCGAAGCACCAAACGCAUAAUCCCCUCGAACUACCUCAGUUCCUUAUCAUCCUUCAACCCCGACCCGCCCCACGAAACCUCCAAAAGCUCCCUGAUCCGAAAACGCACCCAAACCCGACCUGCACUCUCGACCAUCCUCAAAUCCCUCCUCAAUCUCUUCUCCAUCCCUUCCCUCAACAUCCCUGCCGCGUGCCGCCUGCUCAGCCUCCCCGCCACCACCCCUCCCCUCGGCCGCAAAGUCACCGGCACCCUCUUCGGCCACCGCCGCGGCCACGUCACCUUCGCUGUCCAAAUCGACCCGAGGUCCGAGCCCGUCUUGCUAAUCGAGCUAGCCAUUUCCACUUCCAACUUGGUGAAGGAGAUGUCGUCCGGGCUGGUCCGGAUCGCUCUGGAGUCCGAGAGGGAAAGGAGCUUGGAACCACGCGGCGGGAGGCACGCGAGGAGGCUGUACAGCGAGCCGACGUGGACGAUGUACUGCAACGGGAGGAAGGUUGGGUACGCGAGCACGCGGGCUUGCGGGGAGUCGGACUGGCACGUGCUGAGCACCGUGCGCAGCGUGUCCGUCGGCGCCGGCGUGAUUCCGGUGGUGGACAGCGGCCGGAAGGAGGAGGGUCUGGGAUUGGGCGAGCUGUUGUACAUGAGGGCGAGGUUCGAGCGAGUCGUGGGGAGCCGUGACUCGGAGGCGUUUUACAUGAUGAACCCGGAUGGGAACGGUGGGCCCGAGCUCAGUGUAUUUCUGCUCAGAUUAUGAAUCAGAGCAAUGCUACGGACACGGGAUGAAUAUGAAAAAUUCGGAAACAAAUGUGUCGAGAAUCGUCCAUCGCCCUAUACUCAUGGGUCUCGCACUAGAUGUGUAGGCCACACUCAUCGAAGAGUUCCGAGCACAUCUGAGUACAAAUCUGUGCAAAUUCUUAUGUUUCCCUAGCAUUAUUGUAUGAAUUAAGCUCACGUAUAGUAUACUUCAAUCUACUGUAUGUUUGGGUAUCUGUUGGUUAGUUGUUUUAGUUAGUAAAGUCUGUUGGUUAGUU